AUGGAAUACGAAAUAUAUCAUCAACCAACAAGAUACGCCUCUGAGGAUUCAGACUCUGAGUUUGAAGAGGAAACUUCUACCGAAUAUGAACCACCAAUCGUUCAUUUUAUUCCUUCGAAACAAGGAAGUAAACUGCAGGCGAGAGUAAUGAUAAUUGGAGUUUGUGGAGGCGGCAAUGUAUUUCUUGCCUCAGUCAAUGGAAAGAAGUUGCUCGGGACGAUGCUGCUUCCUGAAACAGAUCUUAAGGGGAAUACAUUCUCUCAAGAGGCUCUCACACCUGUUUCUGAUAAAAAUUGCUUCUUCUAUACGCUCGAGUCGGAUCCUAGCGUAAUCGUUGUCCCGUGUAAUUAUAACGUUAACGACGACAGAUGUUUUAUUUGGGCAAAGUCAUUGUUUCAACACGUGGAAGCCGAAUGGUUUGUAACCGUCGACGUGAUAAUUUUAGACGUGUUUACUGCUUCCUCUUUCAUUACGUCUAAUCGACUGGAUGAACAGACGGCUAGAUAUCCGCCAUUUGUUCGGUUGUUACAAACAAGUGCAGCGAACAAGACUAUAGACGUCCCAUCAUAUGAAGCGCCUAAUCUUGCAUGUAAUUUGACAGCAGCCAUAUUAAAUCAUUGUGAAAUACGCAACAUUCCUGCAUAUGCUCUUUUCAGUAUCCAAGAUAGUCGACAUGGAAAGACAAUUACAACUUACGACACGCUCGAAGCCUAUAAAUCAGCCCUCUCUUUAUUAUUACCUGGAACCAAAUUGCUAACAGACUUUGAUCAAUUACAGGAAUCAAGAAAGGUGUCUCCUUUAUAUUUGUAA